CAGAAUAACUGCUAAAUGUCCCGAAACAAAAUUACAAUAAUAAAAUCGCGCUCGCCGAUAUCAUGGGAAAUCGUCCAAAUCAUCCGUGCUCUGCGCUUCCGGUACAGCCUCCAACGCCAACCGGCGAGAACACCCGACUUCCUCCCUUGCUCUCAAACCGCGACUCCAUGGAAGCGGCUGGCGCCAUCGGCAUCCCUCAAAGGGUACAGGCCCUCGCGGAGGUAGGCCUCUCCCACCUCCCGCCCCAAUACAUCCAGCCCCCCGACCUCCGGCCGGAUCCCCACCGCCGGGAGGCGGCGGACCAGGGCGGCGUCCCCGUCCCCGUCGUCGACCUCGACCCCUCCGUGGACCCCCUCCCGCGGCUCCAUCGCGCGUGCGCGAAGUGGGGCGCAUUUCAGGUGGUGAACCACGGCAUCCCCGCGCGGUUGCUGGAGGAGAUGAAGGCCGCUGGUCUCGGCUUCUUCCGCUCCCCCAUGGAGACGAAGCUCCAGUACGCGUGCGACCCCGGGGCGGCUGCGUCCGAGGGAUACGGUAGCCGGAUGCUCGCCAAGGAUGACGGGGUGCUCGAUUGGAGGGAUUAUUUCGACCACCACACGCUCCCGGAGUCCCGCCGCAACCCUAGCCGGUGGCCAGACUUUCCUCAUAAUUACAGGGAUGUUGUGGUGGAGUAUAGCAACAAUAUGAAAGAGCUUGCUCAAAAGUUGUUACGUAUGAUCUCUGAAAGUCUUGGCUUACCACCUUCAUAUGUUGAAGAGACGGUUGGAGAAGAUUACCAGAACAUUACCAUCAGCUAUUACUCCCCUUGCCCGCAACCAGAUCUUGCUCUUGGUUUGCAAGCCCAUUCUGAUAUGGGUGCCAUAACUCUCUUAAUACAAGAUGAUGUGGGGGGUCUAGAAGUUCUGCAAGACGGGGAAUGGAUACCUGUACAACCAUUACCUGGUGCCAUCAUUGUCAUCUUAGCAGACCAAACAGAGAUCAUAAGCAAUGGGCUAUUUAAGAGUGCCAUACAUCGUGCUGUUGUCAAUGCCCAUCGUGCCCGGUUAUCUGUUGCCACAUUUUAUGACCCAUCGAAAACCAGGAGAAUAUCUCCCGCUCCUCAACUUGUCACCAAGAGCUGCCCACUCAAGUAUCAGGAGGUUCUUUAUGGUGAUUAUGUGUCAUCGUGGUAUAGCAAAGGUCCUGAAGGCAAGCGCAACAUUGAUGGCCUUCUGAUUCACCACUAGAAGGUACCUGCAUUGUCCUUGAUUCAUGAAUUCCUUAGUUGAUCAGCUUCCCUUACAUUGUCAGUUUUAAUAGGAAUGGAAUGUUUAUUCUAGGGAACCUACCCUACAGGUUGUCAGUUUAGUGUGAAACCUCUUUGAAUUCUGGAUUUCAUGUAAUCCAACUUAGGCCUUUAAUUUAUAUGAGGGCUUUUGGUGGAUUUGAUAUUUGGUUCCAAAUUUUCCCAGACUUUUGGCUUGAAGGCCAAAUGAUCUGCAAGAGUACGGGUUAGGCUGGAGACAAAAUACUGGAUGUGAAUCACUAAUAACCCGGUUCAAGCAACCUCUUUUGAGCAAUAUGAACUCGUUGUGAUACCCUACCA